AUGUUCUCAGGCCAAAGAGCGAUUAAAACGAGUAUAGAGCGUAAUUCCAAACACGGUACAUUGAAGCAGAAAAAUUUUGAAAUUAAAUUAACGGUAGAACACACCACGGAACAAGCAGUGAAGAUAGGUAACCGACGCGUUGAAACAAUGCCUAGAUCUCAAUCGAUCAAUGCAUCCAAAAUCAUUGCACCCGGGUUUAGUCGAAAACGUUUAAUACCAUUAUACGAAAAAACUAGAAUGUGGCGUACCGUUCUGGAGAGACGGCUAGAUUUCUCCAACAUGGACCAAUCGAAAGCGCAAUCGUUGCAAGAGAAUUCAGAUGCAUCGCUGGGAAUGCUGCAAUCACACGAGAUGGAAUUAGGAAGCUUUCAGACCAAUUUUCAAAAUAACAGCCAGAAAGAAUCCUCCAACUUUUCCAACAGCAUUUUAAGCGACGCACAGAUGGCUUACAACAGCUUCGAAACAUCCGGAUCUAAGAUCAAUAUCAAUUAUUUGCUAAAACGUUUACAGAAUCAAAUUUUACUUCACAAUACGCUUCUCGAUGCGUCGGAAAAGUUCCCAAAAUCAGCAUCAAUCGAAAAUCUCGUAAAAGAGUGCAUGAAAGGCACGGUGGCACUCGACGGUCUAAAGCAGCGUGUAAGUGCGUACAAAAAUGCGAAACAAUCCGCAAAAACUGCCGUACCAAAAGCCGCACUACAAGAAAUUCCCAGUAUCAUCCAUAAUACUAUCAACUGUGCUGAGGACUUACAAACAUUGUCCGAAGAAAUUACGCAAAUGUCCGGCUUUAUCGAUGCAAAUCUCAUGAAUCGAAGCUCGCUCACCGCGCAAAGUAUCAAGGAUGCUUCCAAACGCUUAAGGGAGAUAGAACAGCUGUGGGCAAAUAUGCCCACACCGGAAGAAGAAGGUUCCUCGCUAGGGAUUUUACAUGAGUCCGAGCUGCAAAACUCUGAACGUUUUCUCGAUGGAGUGUCUGCAUCGUUGAACACUAUUUUCGCUCAGUUAAAUCAUUCGCUUGAAGAAGUUCUGCAAACACCUAACACGCAAAGCUUAAACGAACUGAAGCAGAACUUGCAAGAGUGCAAAGAACUGCUGUCGGAUAUCACCAGGAAUCAUUCCUUACUGUUGGAUGAAACUAUGCCAUCAUUGGUUGAACCGCAGGACACGGACGAUAUCUCUUUACUGAAUAUUGUUUCAAACGAGCUGGAUAAAUCCUGUCAGUCAGAAAUUGAAGCAUUCCUUAAAAUAUGGAAAAAGCCAGAAAUGGAACAAUUUCUGGACAUUUCUAAACAGACCAUUGAUGACCUUUCCAGUCUACGGUACGAGACGAAAGAAAUGUUGGGAAAAAUGGUAGCUUCUAACGGCCAUGCCAAGCAAACUCCACAUCGCAGGCAGUAUCUUACAGAGCGGCUAAAUGUAUUGCGGGAUGAUGCAACAACGCAGAAGCCUAUCUAUACAUCGAUCAUAAUGAAAGAUUACAUCGAUGAGGAUGAUUUGUGUGCCGAACAAGAGGGUGGUUUACCCCAAGAAUUUGUCUGUCAAGCGGAACCCGCUCAGCGAACGGUUAAAUUCAUUGAACGUUUCGAUGAAUCUACACAUCCCGCCCCAAAAUGUUCCCCAAAUUCGGACCACUUCGUAAAAAAUCGACUCCAAAUGUUCAUGCAAGAAAUGGAUAAAUUUCAACAAAAUUACCUAAACAGCAAAGAGGAAAACACAGAGCAUAACAGGGACAUGGUGCUAAUCGAGAAAAAGCUAGACGAUCUAAUGGCAAUGAUUUCGGAGGUGGUGAAUACUUUACGGUCAAACUAA